CUAUAACUCUAUUACCAAAAAGAAACCAAGUUCAAAUAUUUAUAACACUCAAUUUCUAUAGAUCAAAAAGCUAAGUUUAUGCGAUUGAAAGGAAGCGUUUGUUUCUGAUGGUGUUGAAUGUGUAGUAAGGAUUCCUCAUACCACUAUUUUGCUUUUCGCCAAGUGUCUUCUUUCCUAUGAGCAAAACGAAUUCAGCAGCGAAACUAAAACACGUCUUUGAUGACGAUAUAUUCCAUUUAGUGGCUUAUGGAGAAAAAAAUAAUUUAUUAGUUGGAUUCUCAAAUGGUCGUGUUGCAAAUUACAGCCAUGAUAUCGAAAACAACUCUUUAGUCCAAGAAUGGAGCACCAAACGCCAUAAAAUCAGUUGUCGAAAUUUAUCACUAACCGAAGACAACUCUGAAUUUAUAUCUGUUGGUUCCGACUGUGUAUUAAAAUUAGCUGACACUGCUUCUGGAAGAGUCACCUCGAAAUGGAUUCAAGAUACAGCAAGCACGGAACCUUCCCCUUACAGCGUGGUUGAGUGGGUGGAAGGAAAUCAUAUAUUUGCUACGGGUGACGAUGAUGGAUGCGUUACUAUUUGGGAUAGAAGAAAAAGUGGUGGAGUCCUUCAUUCACACAGGGAUCAGAUUGACUAUAUUUCUUCUAUAUGUCCAUUCGAAGAUCGCUAUAUGGUUGCUACCAGUGGUGAUGGAACUUUGUCGAUUCUCGAUGCCAGAAACUUCAAAACAGCUGUCAUGAGUGAAGAACAAGAUGAUGAUUUAACCUGUGGAGCCUUUACCCGGGAUAAUAAUCCCAAGAAGAAAUUCGCGGUAGGCACAGCUUCCGGCGUGGUCACUUUGUUCACAAAGGGUGAUUGGGGCGAUCAUACGGACCGCAUUAUGCCACCUGUCCGUUCAAACGACUAUUCGGUGGAAACCAUGAACCGUGCUGACUUAAGUACCCUUUAUAUUGGUGGAAGUGAUGGAUGCCUUAGACAAUUGAGCAUCCUUCCAAAUCAUUACGAAAGAGUUAUCGGACAGCACAGUUCUAAAGCAGGUGUUGACACUGCUGACGUUUCCGAAAAUGGCGAGUUUCUUGUUUCGGCCAGUGGUUCCGAAUUGAUAUUUUGGGAUACAAAAGAUGGUUCUGCUGAGUCAAACGAAACCGACCAGGACAGUGAGGAAGAUAGUGAUGCGAUGGACUCGGAUGAAUCUGAAGACAAUACUGAUAGCGAUUCAGAUGAACCUACACAGAAAUCAAGGAACAACAAAAAGCCUGCCAAGGCAGCCCCAAAAAGAAAGGUUCCUAAAACAGAUUUUUUUGAUGGACUUUAAUUUAUCGUGUUCGAGAAAAACUACUCUUGUGUAAAUAAAGAAAUACUUGUUUAAUGAUACGGUUGGAACAGGAAGAAACGUUAUUGUUGUACAUUAUACGUACAUAUAUUAUUUUAUAUAAAUAGAUAUAUCUAGAAGUAUUUAUUUAAAUAUUUAACCUACCUUGGUAGGUACUACAAACCACAAAUAUAAAUAUGUCGGAUAACCACAAUAC